AUGAACGUGUCGCUUAGUUGUGAUAACAGCUCAUUAAGUCCUGGUACGCUGGAGCAUACAAGAAUUAUGCGUUAUAGUCACUUGAAUACUACUACAGUGAAUCAAGUAUUGGGUCUUCCGGGACUCUUUUCUACAUUUACGAAGCAUGAGUUGCGGAAACUUCGAAUUAUCGCCAUUUCUGCUUCUGUAUCUUCCAUAGUUGCAUGCAUAGUGGGUUUAUAUCUGCUUGGAUCGAUAGAUAGGCGACGGAAGGUGUUCAGACAUCAUUUAAUUCUCUUUUUGUUAAUUUGUGAUUUUCUAAAGGCUAUUGUGCUAUUAAUAUACCCCGUGGUGAUACUUCGUGAUAACAAGGUAUAUGGAAAGCCUGGUUUCUAUAAUACGGUAGGAUGGCUUACUGCAUAUGCCACAGAGGGAGCAGAUAUUGCCAUUUUCAUUUUUGCCAUUCAUUUUGCCAUAUUGAUAUUUAAACCGAACUGGAAAUGGAAGAACCCUAACACCGGAAACGUGGAAGGUGGCUUUUACAGAUGGAGGCGGUUCAUGUAUCCUUUAACAGCAUUAACACCUACUGUAUUGGCAAGUCUAGCAUUUAUCAACUUUGAAGAUUACAACGAAACAGUCAUAAGAGAGGAUUCCAAUGUAAUACUUGAUAAUAAUAAUUACCACUUUUCCUUUCAGGCGAAGAUGGGAGGAUAUAAACCUUUGAGCGCCUGGUGCUACCUUCCCCCAGUGCCAGUAUGGUAUAAAUUAGUUUUAAGUUGGGGACCACGAUACUUCAUUUUCCUGACAAUUUGCACACUUUACAUUAGCAUCUACACAUUCGUUACAAGACAAAGCAGAAAGAUCAAAGCAGAACUAAGAGAAUUUCAGCACUCUAAUCAAAAACCUCUCCUUCGAAAGGCCUCGUUAAAAGGACCUCUGAAUUUAAUCACACGUUUUUCAAUAGCAACAAUUCGUUUUCUGAGGAAGAUAGCUGCAGCUAUUGCAGGCUUUUUCUUCCUACAAAUAUACGACGAUAACGAAAGUCACGAAGAGGAGUUAGAUAGGGAACAAAGUGCAUCGCGUGCUGGCACGCCAGGUCUAACUACUAAAAAUGACCUGAAGGAUGUCUUCUCUAAUAAAUUUACAUAUGUUCCGGACGAUGUUGACAUAGAGGACGGUUAUAAUGGUGAUAACAAUAAUGGUUUGCAUAUCUUUAAUUACCCACGUCAAUCAGAAACCAAAAAAGCAACAAUAGAUAACAGUGGAAUAGCUCAGCCUUUACCUGCACAUAUUUCUUCAUCAUCCAAAAAUAUUUUAUCUCCCGAAUCUCUUUCUAACCAGGUACCAAAUCUUUCAAACAAAUCAGUCAAAACGCCUAUCAAUUGGGAUUUAUCCGAGCCUGGUCCAAAGGAUCCGAGUGGAAUGGAAACUAGCACCUUUGACAUGGACCCUGAAAAGUUAGAGCACGUACCUGAACAUGAAGUAACUGGUGUGAAACAUAAAUUUCAAACACAGACCUAUAUUCAGUUUAAGAAUAGAAGGGACCAAAUAAAAAGACAACUGAAAUCAAUUUUUAUAUAUCCGGUCGCAUAUCUAUUACUUUGGGUUUUUCCUUUUGCUGUCGAUUGUUCUCAAUAUAGAUACGAAAUUUAUCAUGGCCCUAUUGUCUGGUUGGCGUACAUUGCAACUUUUAUGCAACCCUUGAACGGGGUGGUUGAUGUUGCCGUGUUUAUGUUCAGAGAAAUGCCUUGGAGGUACUCCUGGGCUUGCAUCCAAUCAAAGGAACUUAUAAAUACGUACAGACUCAAAGGAGAACUUGGCGAGACAGUUAUCACUGAGUUGGCCAGCAGCGAGUUAGGUAGGCGCGGAUGGUAUUAUCGUGGCAGAUGGUUGAGGGAAGAAUGUUGGAAGCAUAAGCCUCAAGUAUGGAAACGAGCAUGUUGGUACGUAUUUCGGUUCGUGAAAGGCUUGGGGAAGCUUGACUUUGAUUAUGAAGAUCAUUGUUUAGACAGAGAUUUUUGGAACGAAUAUUAUGGGACUCACCCAGAUAAGAAUUUCUCUAUUUCUACUACUAAUAAGCCCAUUACUGAUUUAAAACAUAACUCUUCGUCUUCUUCUGGUAGUACAGAUUGUGAGUAUGAUCCAUACUUCAAAAAGGUGAAGAUUCCAAUUUUAUGGAGAAUAUUUCAUUUUCUCCCUCUUCAAGAAGGUAUUGAUCUCGAUGAACUUGACCGUUACUUGAGAACCAAAGACCAACUUGAUGACUUUGUAAUUCCAGGCUUAGAAAAUGCAAUGAAUCUGGGUAAAGCAAACGAUAACCAAAUUUUCAAACCUAACUAUUCUCUUACAAACAACGCGUCACUGAAUGGUUCUCAAAAUGAUAAACCUUCCAGCAAACGGUCUUCAAUCACUGCUUUUCAUUACAGUAAAUCUUUGGAUCUUUCUAGUAUAAAAAACAUGGAUUUCUCGGAUGUCACAAAUAGGUCGAACCUACCAGGUAUUGGUCCUGGUGUAGAAAGAACCAACUUAAAUUCAACGUCAUCAUCGCGCGAGCAGGAGCUUGACUUGCUCUCCUUCUUGAAGGACUAA